AUGGAUCCAGAGGGCUACUGCCACGACCUUGGCCCACAGGCCUUCGCAUACGUGGACGAAGAUGAGCAUGCCCGAGUCAAUGAUGAGGCAUUGCAGUAUGCCUAUGAGCAUAAUUUGAUCGAGGACUACACCCUCAAUUCCUUCUCCAUGUCCCACCUGCUCGCCCCACUUGUCCAAAGCACUCUGCCGUCCAUCACUGAGGACGGGUUCACCGACGCCAGCCACCUUCCGUAUCUAGAGAUCCCAGUGCCCCGCGUUGGAGACACAUUGGCGAUUUCCCAGUCGGCCCAGAAGCUUCGAGACGAGGCCCUCCAGGAGCUCACGGAUGGCGAGGUCAAGUCGCUGACACGGGGGAUUAUGAAUUCUGGAAACACCAAGCACUUGAGGCUUGAACUACCACUUCUGCGAACAGACGACGAGCGCGACAUGCGAGAAUUUCGCAAAGAAUUAGCAACCCAGAGAGAAGUGCGUAUUGGGGAUCACCGACUGCCGCUGGAUCUUGUCACUGGCGAGGGCAUGCAAUUUCCUGACACCGCUCGUUCAGAAGCCAACGAACUUCUGAGAAAGCUUGAGAACGAGAGAUUGGGGAUCACAAGAAGCGCCUUGAAAUUCCUCGCUGACAUUGUGAAAGAUGAUUACGACGAGGAGGAACAGUGGAAGUCUCUCCUGGAAGAGGUUAAAGGUACAAAGUGGGUGAGGAACCCAGGUUUAGAAAAGCUGGAGUUGCCAAUCAACCCGCAAUCCAACGAGGACCAGUCUGUCACUCCAGAUGACGCUUACCUGAUCCCCAUACCAUCUGAUCCGAGCUCUUCUAUAUUCGCCGAUGAUCUGAGAGCUGCCGAAGAACAAUUAUUCGAGGAGUUUGGAGACGUUUGGAGCGAGCCCACAUCACCAAUCCUCGACAGGUUCCUUGACGUGGAAAUUUCAGAAGAGGACAAGAAGGGAUUUUUGAACACCGACUUUUCCCUCGAGCAAUCAACAGAAUAUAAUCUCGAUCAUCACAAGAUUGAACCACCAAUACUGCCCUUCUCUCCCCUCCAAGAGCAGUCUCUAUCUGAAACCGAAGCGUUCGGAAGCUUUGUGGCCCAGCAAAUGGAUAUCGAUGGGCUGGCGGCCGAAUUUCUUCAGAAUUUAUCGGACGAUGAUUUUGAAGAAGAGCUAGCGAGUGUCGCAGACUUGACCAUGAAGACGGUCGAACAAGAGCAACUCCAUGCAGCUGAUGCAACAGCUCGCGUCCCGGUGCCAAUCAUGGACUUUUCCAUUCCUGAACCAGAGUGGAAACGACUAGGAAACAACUCACAAGCCAUUUUCAAGUACAUAAAAUGCGGCAACGAAAGUCUAUUCAGGCUCCCACAAUGGCCUCGGAACAGCGUCAUCGAAAGCAAGCUAAUAUGGCGGCCAAUCGGUUCCGAGGCAAGCAAAGUCUCUACGAAGGAGACAAUAGACGCGGACGACGACCUGGUCGAGUCAUUCAUCAUAUCUCUCAAUAGUGACGGGGUGCCCAGUAGUCUUGACUUCGUCCAGAAACGAACAAAACUGGCAAUACUCGAGCACAUGACUGAGGAUGACGAAAUCGAGGUUCACCUGGAGAAGCCGAAACAGCGCAUUACAAAUUCAUUUGGAGCGAUCAAGAGAGUGCUCGAUGCGUCGGAUAGCACAAUAUCGAAGAAGCCGCGGCUGCCAUCGACAUACAUCGGCGACAAUGGUCAGUUGCUUGUAGGAGGCUCUCCGGGCGCAUCUACGAAACUCUUGAGCAACUUCAUGGAGCUCCAUGCGCCGAAAAAGAAGUGGUCCGUCAGCAAAUACUUUCCUGCCGCGGAACAUGCAACGUCGGCGCUUCAAGUUCCUGGAAAUCAGCCAAAGAAGGCCCAGGAAUCGGGCGAAAACGGAAAAUCAACAGGAGGGGACUCUGAUUCGUGCUCAAAGUCGCCUGCUCGGGCGCAAUACCCAUCUAUCAAGACCCCAUCCGCUCCGUUGACGAUCAUUAUUUCUCUGACCGCCCCUCGGCACCUGAUCAAAGGCCUUGAGGGCCUACUCCCAGGCCUCACUCUGAUGGAGCGCGACUACAACAAACACAACACUUCCGUUUGGAGUCCAGGCUCCGUUUCCCGCACGGAAGUAGUUCCGCCUCUCGCUUUUGAUGCGGAUCUUACUCUUUCACCAUCAACCGGGAUCAUCACCACGUCCAUGAUCAAAGUCCGCCAGAAGCCGCGGCCGCACGCAUCCAAAAACAGCGUCCAAGAGAGGGUCGAGAAGAUUGCCCCGCGGUACGGCCGGCUGAUCAUCCUCGUCGGGGGCGAGGGCGGCCCUGACGAUACCUUCGGGGAGAUGUCAUCCUCGGAUGCGGCCGCGCUCACAAGUUUCCAGGGUUUUGCGAGCGGGCUGUGGUGCAAGGCUCUCGUGUACUAUAUCGGCGGCGGUGACGACACACUGUCACGGUGGGUGGCGUCUCUUGUGUGUCGAUAUGGCCAGUCCGACCCCAGUCUCCAGGCAUGCCUGAUGGAAGACGAGACGCUCUGGGAGCUGUGGCUGCGAAGGGCGGGCUUCAAUGCCUACGCGGCGCAGAUGGUGGCUGGGCAGCUCAAAGUGCCCAAGGCGGAUACGGCCACGGCGGGAGAGCAGCACGGGCUGGCCGCCUUCGUCACGAUGACUCGGAAUGACAGGAUGCGCCUCUUUGGACCGGUGGUUGGGACGCGGGUAAUGGAGCGCGUCAGUCGAGUUGUGGACGAGAUUUGGAAUAAACCUUGA